CCCUGCCGGGCGGGGCGCUUGUCCCUGGGGGCGCCGGGGCCGCCGCCGGGGCCCGCGAUGUGACCAUGGACAGCAGGUUCAAGGAAAAUCCAGAACGUACCUUUGAUUUGGUACUGAAAGUAAAAUGCCAAGCUUCAGAAAACGAAGAUCCAGUGGUACUGUGGAAGUUCCCGGAGGACUUUGGAGACCAGGAAGUGCUGAACAGCGUUCCAAAGUUCUGCUUUCCUUUUGACAUUGAAAGGGUGUCCCAAAACCAAGUAGGACAGCAUUUCACCUUUGUGCUCACUGACAUUGAAAGUAAGCAAAGGUUUGGAUUCUGCCGUUUGACGUCAGGAGGCAAGGUCUGCCUCUGUAUCCUAAGUUACCUACCAUGGUUUGAGGUAUACUACAAGCUCCUAAAUACCCUGGCAGAUUAUUUGGCAAAAGAACAGGAAAAUGACUCAAAUGAUUUGUUGAAAUCAUUGUAUAGCCAUCCUGUGCCAAAGGCGAAUGCUUUAGUCAGUUUAAGUGUGAACCAAGAGAUGAUUUUUGCAAGUGAGCAAGUUUUGAAAAAACAGCCUUGUCUUGUAUCGCACUCGUAUUUCAUUACUCCUGAUGUAACUGGAUUGCCAACUAUCCCUGAAAGUAGAAACCUCACUGAAUAUUUUGUUGCUGUGGAUGUGAACAACAUGCUGCAACUUUAUGCCAGUAUGUUGCAUGAGAGACGAAUCAUUAUUACCUCCAGCAAACUAAGCACUUUAACUGCUUGUGUUCAUGCGUCAGCUGCAUUGUUAUAUCCAAUGUAUUGGCAACAUAUUUACAUCCCAGUGCUUCCUCCACAUCUUCUGGACUACUGUUGUGCACCGAUGCCUUAUCUAAUUGGCGUCCACUUAAGCUUGAUAGAGAGAGUAAAAAAUAGAUCACUGGAGGAUGUGGUUUUGCUAAAUGUUGACACAAACACUCUAGAAACUCCUUUUAAUGACCUGAACAACCUACCUGGUGAAGUGGUCUCGGCCUUGAAAAAUAAACUGAAAAAGCAGUCGACAGCCACGGGCGACGGAGUGGCCAAGGCCUUCCUUCGGGCACAGGCAGCGCUCUUCGGAUCCUACAGAGAUGCACUGAGAUACAAACCAGGAGAGCCUAUAACUUUUUGUGAGAAUAGUUUUGUGAAGCAUCGUUCCAGUACAACUAAGCAGUUCCUGGAAACAGCUGUUAAUCUUCAACUGUUUAAACAGUUUAUUGAUGGUCGGCUAUCAAAAUUAAAUGCAGGAAGAGGAUUCUCUGAUGUUUUUGAAGAAGAAAUCACAGCAGGAGGCUUUUGUGGAGGAAAUUCAAGAUCUUAUCAGCAGUGGAUGCAUACAGUGAAGAAAGGCGGUGCACUGAUCAACACAGCAAUGACCAAAGCCACUCCGGCUGUGAAAACAGCAUAUAAAUUUGCAAAAAACCAGGCAAGGCAAGGAAUAAAAGAAGUGAAGAGUAAGUUAAAACACAAGGAGAGUGAGGAAGAGUGUGGAACGUGUAGUGCUGGUGCAGUACAGACUGUUCCUGUCUACACAUCGCAUCCUGAGAAAAGAACAAGCUCAGAAAAACGAAGACUGGCACAGACUCGUUUCAACCAGCGCCUCAGUAACCAGGAUGAUGCCUUGGAUGAAGAUGAAGAUGAUGAAAUUGAGAGAACAAGCAAGUUAUCAUCAGAAGACAGUGAAGAAGCUUCUGCUUACUUUUAUGAUAGUGAUGGUUCUGGUGAAACUGGAAUAACUCAGCAUCAAGGAGAAAUGGACUUGCUUGGAGAGAUUCUGGACACGCUGAGCACACACAGUUCAGAUCAAGGAAAACUCUCAGGAGCAAAGAGCCUGGAUUUCUUCAGAUCAAUGGAUGACAUUGAUUACAAGGCUGAGAACAAGUCAAAUGCACCUAGUGAGAGCAACCUUACCCUGCUCUGCAGCAGUGCUAAUGACCAGGCAGAGUGGAACCUUGGCCAGGAUGACAGUGUCCUCCAUGGGAAGCAGCUUCCCCCAUCACCAAGGAAGCAAGUUUCUUCUGGUGGCCAGAGAGAAUCUCUCUCAAGGAUGGAAGAAGAAAGGAGUGGCCAAACCUUUACUACUGACAAGAUGGACACCACUAGUUUGACAUCCCUGUCUCCAGUACGACCAAGUGCCCAGUUUAAUUCCCUAGAAAGUUUCAAAGCAGGCUUUUCUUCCUGUCAGGAUGCAAAGCCUAAUGAAACACUAAGCAAUACCUCAGAAGAUCAGCUCCCAGCAGGUCUUGCUCAACAGCCAUCCAUUCUGGUCCCUUGGGAGAAAGGUGGGAAGGAAGGAGAUGAAACUCCAGAAGAAGGUGGACUUCUUCAAGAAGUGGUGUCAUUAUGUAAACUGAAUUCUGCUUUUCACUAUGGUUUAAAUAUUUCAAAGGAUAGCUUAUCCAGCAGUAGGAGUGGAAAUAAAACGUAAGAAAAGUAGGAAAAGAAAAACUUGACUCCCAUCAGAUGUUAAAGGGAGACUACUCAGGACUCCAUGUAACUCCAUAUAAGAUGAUAACCAAAAAAUUUAAAGGAAUAAGAGAUCUUCAGUUGUAAAAAUAAUUCUCUUCAGUUGAGUGUGCAUUUUCUGCCAUUGGACAUCUGCUUUUAUGUUUACUCAGUUCAUUUGUUGGCUGUAGUUAGGUCCACAAAAUGUAACUAAAUGUAUGAAUGCACUCUCAAAUCAGGUACUAGUUAGUCUCUAUGUUUAAAAUACAGCAAGUGUAUGGUGCUUCCUAGCAUUUGCUUCCUCUAAGCAGCAAGGGUGUCACCUAAAGGUAGCCAGGUUUUGAAGGUACUAUGUUAAUCCCAUUAGCAUGAAAUGAACCAAGCAAUCUGAUUGGUCUGAAAUGUACAAAUGUUAAUAUUUGUAAUGAAUAUUAAUUGCCUUAAUCUUUUGAGAAGGGGUUUAACUGUCUUAGAAGAUGAAUGCAAAUCUACAAAACAGCAAUAAUGAUUUUCCAUGGCAGGAAUUUGCUUCAGCAAAGGUCGGGGGAGGAAAGGAGACUUUUUAUAGAUUAAGGAAUUUCUUGUGACUAUAACUUGGAACUUACUCCAGACUAAAACUGUGGUUCUGUCUUCCAGACUUCAAAAAGGUAGCACGUGGUUUUCUCUCUUCUAUAAAGUACAUGAAGUGCUGAAUUAUAAUGUGACAUUUAUUAUUCUGUUUACAACUAAGACACUUUAAAGACACAUUAUCAGUUUCCCUAGGUAGACUAAUUCACCUAAAAAUUCUCAGAAAGGAAAGUGUAAGUGGAAUUGAUAGAUAUAUAUUAUUUUUUUAUUUUCUGCAAUUUAAUAGUUGGAAAUCUAAUUUGUGCCUGAUUUGUAACACUAGAAAGCUAAAUUUAUAGAUUCAAUUUGAGACUGCAUAUAUCCAACUCUCAUUUUAGCCAAGUUGGACAACCAAAAACUUCUUUCUAAAUUUAGUGAAGAAGACUAAAUGGUCCUGGUGUAUAACGUAUUUAGAACAAGAAUUUGUCCUCCUUCUGGCAGUGUUCCUGACAAAUAUUUGGAUAUUUAUAGUCUGAACAUUUUUGAUACUGUAUGGAGCAGCUCUUUAAUUUUUAAAAUUUUUUUUGUCUUUUAUUUUCCAUCUCACCAUACAUACCUUGUCUCCCCAACAGCUUAGGACAGAAGAGACAGUUAAUCAGUUUCAGCAGAUUGGAAUUGUCAACUUUUAGGGAUAUUUGUGGUAAAGUUGGUAGAAAUAGCACAUGGGUAUAAAAGGAACUCUGCCUGAGAAGAAUGUUCUGCUCUUCUAAGUCAUGAAACCUUUUUCCUUUCCCUUUUUGUCAUGAAUGAUUUCUGGUAAUCUCAGCCUAGGCCUGAGUGAGCACAUUUCUGGGGUUGGUAUUUGGAUCAGAUUGUGCUUUAGUACCUUAAUAGUAGCUUGUAGCAGAGUUUCAUAUCAGUUGCCUCACUGAGAUUUAUUAAUUAUUUCCUUCUAGCUGACACAAAUGGAAAGGGUUUUUUGACUACUUUCUUACAAGGUUGCUGACCUAAGGGAAUUGCUCCAUGUCAUGGCAGAGGCACCGUUUGGAACCUCACCAGAGAGGCUCAGUAGAGUGAGACCUGGGCUUAGUGCAAAAUUUCAUCUUGCUCCAAAAUGACAAGGGCUGGGCCAGUACUUUGCCAUGGAGGAUGAGCCUCCAGAAUUAACUUUUUUUAAUCAGUGCAACAAAGGUAAAACAUAGUAAAAGUUCAAAUCUUGCAGAAAUAUCUGUGUCUGAUCAAGCAUGAACAUUCUGCAGGGCAUCUGCAUUGCUGGAGAAAUCUUAGUGUUCCAGAGUUAGAAGUUGCACAUCCAGAACUCUGUACUCCAAACUAUUUGUUUAUCCUUUGGUUUCCACUUGUGUAUCAACAUGAUAUGUUGUGGAGUUUUGCAAUACCAAAAAAUGUUACUUGGCAAAAUAUUUUGCACUAUUAGAAAUCAAAAGUAUCAUAAAAAUAAUUAAAAUCUUCACUCUCAGUGUUCCAAGUGGGUCAAGCCAAGUGGCUCAUGUGCUGCUCAGAUGAAAAAGUUCCAGAGCAACCUGAUGGUUCAUUGUUUAAAGCUGGCAUUAGUCACUUGAGGGCAUUCUUCUCCCUUGUGGGUAGUAAACAUUGCCUAAGCAUAGUGCUGCAGUAGGUAAUACACAGAUUUUUGUUCUUGUAGUACUUCUCACUCUUCCGUAUUAAUCUCCUUGCAUUUUGUGGUGAGAAUUUCAAAGUUCAAAUUUUCCUUUCCUCUGUACCUCACCUGAUGUUUCUAUCCAUGGUUCAAUCUAAGUUACUUUGUUUCCUUCAUUUAUUAAAGUUAGUAAACAGUAUUAAUGUUUUAAGGAAAAUAGAAAAAACCCAGAAAUUAUGGCCAUUAUUACUUUCAAAACCAUCAAACACCUAAGUCCAGGAAUGCUGCCAGAAAAUGGUUUUCAAAAAUUACUGUCUAAUACAGGCAUAAAUCUUACUGGCUUUACAAGAGAGUUAGAUACUGAACAAACGAUCACAUAGGUUGUUCCAUUUUCACCUUUGUGGAAUAAAUAUGGAAGCCAUGUGAGACUGCCAAUAUUCUUAAGUUUUUAUAAGGAUCAUAAAAUUGAAAGUUUGAUAGUGGAAUCUUUCAAAAUUGAGGCAUUGUAGUAAUAAUUCACUGCUUCAUGGAGUGAAAAUGCAGGCAGAAAAGAAGUAAGCAGAUUAAAUAGAAGAUGGUAACAUUCAAUUUAGAAUUAUUUUAAUUUCAGUCAAAAUGUUUCUGUGCUUAUGCUGCAUUGUUUCCUUACUAUUUACAAAGCUCAUAGUUUGUUUACAAUCAUUAAAUAAUAUGUCUUUUUUUGGUUUUGAACCUUGUAUGGGUUCAGAAAUAGCUUUGUCUUAUAUAUAUGUUGAUUUUAACUGUAGGUACAUUUUUUACUCUGUAAUAUACAGGAUCUUUUCCACUUACUAUCAGUGAUCUUUUAAAAAGGCUAAUAUUUGUGCCUUAUUUGAAUAGAAUUGCCAGUUACCAAAUAGGUAAGAGUCCAAACUGGUUCAACACUCUUGUUCUCUGUCCUUGUGAUGAUAUAAAAUUGUUUAUUGGCUACAUAUGCAGUAUUUUUAGUACCACAGUGGGUUCUAUAUUAAGAUAAAUUUUCCAGGUCCAGUACUUUGCAAGUUUUAUACUUGUAUGCUUUUUAGUUGUGGAAAUCCUUCUAGUGUCUUUGAAAAUCAUCAACAUUGAUCACCAGCUUCUGGUGAGAACUGAAUUCUGCUCAGUCAGAGCUCCUGUGGUCUUCUUCAGAGGCAUGUCUUUUCUUCAGGAUCUCAAAAAUCCUCCUGUUUCUCCUGUUUAUGGGAGAUACCAGGUUAUUUGAUGAAGCUUUGUGGUCUGUUACUUACACAUAGGAACAAAUUUCUGAUGUUGAAAGUCAAACCAGGACUCGAGAUUAAUAUUUUUGAGUUCAUUUUGCAUAGAUGUUUGCCUAAAAUGAGCCGUAUCACUCAUCUGGUUUGGGAGGAAAGAGUAAGGGCAGUGGAAAGACAAAGGGAUUCCUGGGCUGUGCCAGUGCAGUGUGGUGAAGCACAGCCUGGAAGUCCACAGGAGAGAUAGUAACUUGGAAGAAUUCCAGAUUCCAGUUCUAACUCGGUUACAGUGGUUCCAGCUCAAUCUUGUAGGUAAAAGUAAUGCUGCCUGUGGAGCUAACUCCCUGUGGGAUUUGCAGAAUGGAUA